GGGAGGGCACCCGGGAGACGUCCUAAGAGGCAUAGGCAAACUGCCCUGUGUGGGGCGGGACCAAGGGCGUGAGGGGCGGGGCCCAUAAGAGGCUGGGCGGAGUCCCAAGGUGCCCUCGGAAGUUGGAAACCCCGAGGAACGAGAAGGCGCAGAGCUGGGAGGCCGCUAAGGCCAGAGGAGAAUUAACGCCUAGAUGGAAAGGUGGAUCAAAGGCUUCUGGAAGGGCCGGAAGCCACCCUCUGCUCUCCGUGACAAAGAGACUCCGUCUCGGGAACAAGAAAUAAUCUCCGUUCGAGUCAACUCAACCCUAAUGAAGCAGCUACUGUGUGCAAGAUACGGAGGGGAAAGUAAGGUGGAGAAAACAGACCCUGCUUUCAAAGGGUUUAGUCACCAGUGUUGGUAUUGUAAUCCUAGUUUAUCGCUUCUGAUUGCUGCACAGUAUUCCAUAUUGGACAGCAACACGUGUGACUUCCAUUCCCCAAAUGGAUACCAAGGCUACCCCUACCUCUCAGCAAUAAUCAUCCUCGUCCAUGGUCUCUUGUGGACCUAUGUGCAAUUCCUUGGCAACAUAUGCCUAAAAAUGAGGAGAUCCAAUCACACGCUGGGACUAACAGGUGGUGAUACCAUCGUGAUCCAGAGAGACUCCAUAACAUUCCUGAAGGUACAUAACAGAGAAAGACCUAGAGGGCCCUGGCCACGCAUAUCUUGUAUUGGUAUCAGUUGUAGUGCUAUAUGUCUUCCCAUUUCCCAAAAAUCUUCUGAAGGAUUAUUUUACAAGCAGAUGGCCUGCCAAGGUGACAGAAAUUCAAUCCAGAAAACACUUCUUUAAAGCACCUGCUGCACUGUAAGUACAAGGCUGGCCAGAGGAACCACAGAGCCAACUAAGACAGAGUCACUGCCCUUUGCAUUCACAAUCUGGCUUUGGGGGAAAGAGAGAAAAGACCAUCUACAAGUAAUCCCAACACAAUAUGAUGGCAUAAUUUAGAACAUGCCAUGCCAACAGCAAGCACUAUGGGUGCUGGGUCAGUCUAGACACUGAUACCUGAGAGCAUUAUUUAGAAUAUGAGGACAAAAAGACCUUAACAAAGGAAAUCAGGGAACCACAGGAGGUGGAAAGGAACAUGACACGUUCAACUCCCAGGAAAGAGAUGCAAGUGACAUCAACUUGGAUGGAUUAAUGGAUGAGAGGAUGGGUGGUUGGACAAAUUAAUGUAUGCUGAUGAAAGAAAGUGCUUCAUUUCCAAUUUUCCAGAUUCCUGAAGACCCUGUUCCCCUUUGUUGUUGUAAUAAAAAGGAACACUAGGUGGCAUCACACUACCAAAAGUUGUCACCUUUUAAAGCCUCCAGGAGACGCUCAUCCACCAAGAUUGGGUCAGCCCCUAAUUUAGACAAAUUUCACUUCCUCGGGGAGAGAUUUCCUGACCAUCCUUCAACACCAGAUUACCUUUGCAAGUACCAUGUAUUCGACUUCUUGGACCCUCUCACAAUGGUAGUUAAUCAUGUGUUCAUGGAAAUGGUUGCUUAAGAUCUGUCUUCUCUACAAGCUAUCAAACAAGAAGGCAAGGUACAUGUAUAUCUUGUUCAGCCCUGUCUCCAUUGGUAUUGUAGGCUGAACUGUGUCCCCCUAAAACUCAUAUGUUGAAGCUAUAACCUCACUACCUCAGAAUGUUACUGUAUCUGGAGAUGAGGGUUUUGUGAGUUAAAAUAAGGCCAUUAGGGUGGGCCUAAUACAGUCUGAAUUGUGUCCUUACAAGAAGAAGAAAUUUGGACACACAAAGAGACACCAGGGACGCAUGUACACAGAGGAAAGACAUAGUGAAAAGAAGGGCAUCUGCAAGCCAAGCAGAGAGGCCACAGGAGAAACCAAACCCACUGACACCUUGACCUUGGUCUCCUAGCCUCCAGAACAGUGAGAAAAUAAAUUUCUCUUUAAGCCA